CCUCAGCCAAGUCUGAGAUGUGUUGAGCUGUCCGCUCUCUUCCUCCCUCUUCAGCCACAGCUGGCUGGGAAAGGCCAUUUGGGACCUGCACUGCCCCUUUGCAUGGACAUCUGUGGACAGAGAAGUAACAGCAGCCCAGCAGCUGGGUGAAAGUAGCCAGGGGGACUGCAGAGGAAACAUCCCCUGGAACAAAGUUGUUUGCAGAAAGAAAUACCAGGUUUUGGACCAGAGUUUAUGAGUAAAUGAGAUGGCAGCAUCCCAAAAUACUUCUGUGACCAGACCUGUGGCAACGGACAGAAUAAAAGGGGACUGUGCCAGUCCUGGGCCACUAGGAGAUACAGAGUCAAGCAGGACAGAACGGGACCCAGGGCAACAACUAGCCAUGUUGGGGUUCUUUCAGAUCUGUGAUGUGGAGGGCAAAGGCUUCAUCACUCGGCGUGAUAUGCAGAGACUUCAUGGUGAGCUACCUCUUAGCCUGGAGGAGCUGGAGAAAGUUUUUGAUACUCUGGAUGCAGAUGGCAACGGUUCACUUACACCUGAGGAGUUCACGACAGGAUUAAGUCAGUUUUUGUAUGGGCAGGUGGCCUCUAUGAAUGAAAGGCAUGAGUCUGACAAUGAAAAUGUCUAUCAGUCUAAGUGGGAAGAGAGCUAUGCUAAAGCUGACGAUGAAGAUGAGGACCGGCAGUUCUCAGAUCUGAUGGACCGGCUUGGAACGAACAAGAUCUUAGAAGACGAGAGCAGUAUAAGACAACUUUGGUCGCAGCUGAGAAAAGAUGAACCUCAUUUACUUUCCAGUUUUGAAGAGUUCUUGGUCAGAGUUUUCUCCCAGCUCCAAGAAGCCGAUAAUGAAAAGAAUGAAUUGGAGUGUGCCCUGAAAAAGAAAAUUGCUGCUUAUGAUGAAGAAAUUCAACAUCUCUAUGAGGAAAUGGAGCAGCAGAUCAAAAAUGAGAAAGAGCAGUUUCUCUUGAAGGAUACAGAGCGGUUUCAGUCCCGCAGUCAAGUGCUGGAACAUAAACUCAUUUCAAAAGAACAGGAGCUGGAACAACUGGUUCAAAAACAGAAAAGGCUGGAGGGUCAGUGUAAGGAACUCCACAAUGACAAACAAGAGACUAAAGUGGAGAACACCAAGCUGAAGCUAACAAACCAAGAGCUGCUGCAGGAACUGGAACGAACGUCUCAGGAGUUAAUAGUCGCCCAGCAACAAUUGCAGACGCUCCAGGAAGAGGCUUCAAGACUACAUGAAGAAAAAGAAAUGGAGGUAUACAGGGUGACAGAAACUUUACAGCGAGAGAAGUCAGGACUCCUUAAGCAGCUGGAUUUCUUAAGAGAAAGGAACAAACAUCUCAGAGACGAACGAGACAUGUUUUUACAGAAAAGUAAAACAAAUGCUCCAAAAGCCAACUGGAAACAAAGAACAGGAUCUAUCAUUGGCAAAUAUGUAGAAGGAAAGGCAUCACUUAAGAGCCAGUCCUCCGAAGAAGAUGAUGUUUUCAAUAACUUAAUGAGGAGGAGGAAUUCUAUUGGUUUGAAUGGAUAUCUUUCUUCAGAAUCUGACCAUGGUACUAAUGGGGGCAUGACUCAAACAAAACAACUGCAGAGAAUAAUCUCCAUUGAAGAAGAUCCCUUACCCCAGCUUCUUGAGAUGCCAGCUGAGAAGCAGUACAGCAAGUGGACAGAAGAAAAUGACAACGUCUCCCCAGAAAAGGAAAUGGAUGAGAAGCAAAUUGUGACAUCUUUAGACCACACACCAUUGUCUCUCAGGGAGCAGCCAGUAGGGAAAGAAACACAAUCAAAUGAGGAGAGAAUAUACUCUGCCCCUGAUCGCUUAUUCAAGAUUGUUUUUGUGGGCAAUUCAAGUGUGGGAAAGACUUCAUUUUUGAGGCGAUUCUGUGAAGGCCAUUUUUCCCCAGACACAUCUGCUACCGUAGGUAUAGAUUACAGUGUGAAAACAGUGACAGUGGAUACCAGCCAGGUAGCCCUGCAGCUCUGGGACACUGCUGGGCAGGAACGGUACCGCAGUAUUACCAAGCAGUUUUUCAGAAAAGCCGAUGGUGUCAUUGUGAUGUAUGAUAUAACAGCAAAAGACACAUUCACAGCUGUCAAACAAUGGCUGGUGAGCAUUGAGGAGGCAACUGGAGAGAAUAUACCUGUCCUUUUGCUGGGUAAUAAAACCGACAAUGAAAAAGAACGAGAAGUCCCUCGUGGACUAGGAGAACAUCUAGCCAAGGAUUACAAUUUAAUUUUCUAUGAAUGCAGUGCCUGUUCCGGUCAUAAUACUCAGGAGUCAGUGCUUCACUUGGCUAGGAUUUUAAAGGAACAAGAAGAUAAAGUGAAAGAAAAGACUGUUCAGCUGCUGCAAGACUCAAAGAAAAAGUCUUGUUGUAUCAGACUGUAGAAGACUAGGGUACAUUUAGACAACAAUCAUACAUCUUACGUCACACUACAGUGCAUCAACACAUCUGCCUCAUGUUCAAACUACGUCUUAUGCUACGUUGUGAAUGUAACAGCAGAAAACCUUUAAGAACCUCAUGCACACUCACUUCUCACUCUUUGCAAAGGUGGAGGCCUUAGGAUUACUUAAACUGUAAAGACUUCAAGGCAGGGGCCAUCUUUCUGUGAUGUGUUUCUAUAUCACUUAGUACCAUGGGGCCCUAAUCCAUGACUAUGCUCCUAGAUGCUACCGCAAUACCAAUAGGAAAUAGGAAUAAGAAAUCUACUUAGAACAGGAAGCUAAUUCUCAUAGGGCCUGACCAUAGACACCCUUACUUGAGUAGCCCUUACCUUUUGAGUAGUCCAGUUGGCUUCAGUGGGAUCGCUCAUAGAAGGUUAGAGUUUGCGGGACUGGAUCCCUAAUCUUGUAGCCUCAAAUCUUGAUUCCAUGUUGAUCUUCUCUAGUUGUGUCUGGUUUAGGGGAGUGGGGUUAAAUUAUUAUUAUUAUUUAAAUUUUAAGCACAAACAACAAAAUGUAAAACUCUGUGUUAAGGUUCUGAGUGUCAAUAUACAAGAGUGAAGGAAAAAAAUAGUCAGGAUUCCCAGAGUAACAUUAACUGAUCCACACUACACAUCUCUAGUAUGUUUAUUACUAGUGAAACUGUUUGCACAUGGGUCCUCAUCGUAGGCCCAUAACUCACGCUGGGGUGCCAUUACGUGACUCAGUGAUUCCUGUGGUUUCCACCAAUGCCAGUGCGGGUUUUACAAAUGGCCUAUACAGCAAGCCAUGCUCUCAGAUGUCACUGGCAGGUGGCUGUUGUAUCAGACUUAUGGCUGACACAACUCCUCCCUCUCACAAGGCUCCAUCACAGAAGGUUUAGCAUAAGAGAGUCCAGGGCCAAAAUUUUUGAAGCUGUCUACCUAAAGUUAAACCAAUGUUUUUGGAGAAAUUUUCAAAAAGCUUCUCAGGGACUUAGGAGCACAGAUCUCGCUAAAAUCCAAGGGCAUUUGUGUGCCUAAAUUCCUUAGGUGCUUUUACAAAAAUCCUCACUAUGCACCUAAAUAAAUGCCCUGAUUUUCAAAAGUGCUGAGCAGUCAGCAGCUCCCUUUGACUUUAAUCAGAGCUGCAGGGGUCACAACACUUGAAGAAUCACAUCCUGUAUGUAGGUGCAGGCCUGCCGGCAGCAAGUCUGGGGCUCCGGGAAGAACAGUCAAUGGGCCCCCACACACAAGCUAUGCCUGCACAGACACAGUCUGCCUGACAUUUGGCGGUGCUGUGCUUGCACUGACUGGUGCCCAGAGAACUGCCAGCUGUGCUGCUGAGUGUGCUCUUCCGGCACAGCCCCCAGGGCUUUCACAUGCCCAACUGGUAGGGUUGCCAACUGUCUAAUCGCGCAAACCCAAAGACUCUUGCCCCGCCACCUACCCUGCCCUUUCCCUGAGGCCAUGCCCCUGUCCUGCCCCUUCUCCAAGGCCCCAGCCCUGCUCACUCCAUCCCCCCAUCCCUCUGUCUCUCACUCUCCCCCACCCUCACUCACUUUCACCAGGCUGAAGCAGGGGGUUGUUGUACAGGAGGGGUGUGGGAUGCAGGUUCUGGCAGGAAGUUUGGGUGUAGGAGGCAGUGAGGGGUCAGGCUGUGGGAGGGAGUUUUGGUGCUGAAGGGGAGGAGGGAUCAGCUCUGGGAGGGAGUUUGGAUGUGGAGUGCGGGCUCUGGGCUGGGGCAAGGGGUUCGGGUGCAGGAGGCACUGCAGAGUGCAGUCUCUGGGAGAUAGUUUGGGUUUGGGCUCUAGGCUGGGGCAGAGGGUUGGGGGGCAGGUUCUGGGAGGGAGUUUGGGUGCAGGCUCUAGGCUGGGGCAGGGGGUUGGGGUGCAGGAGUGGGGCAGGGGGUUGGUGGUUACUGGGGCGGUUCCUGAAAACAACUGGCACACCCCUCUGGCAGUGGCUCCUAGGCAGGGGAACUAGAGGGUCUCUGCGCACCGCUGCCCACAGGCACCACCCCUGCAGCUCCCAUUGGCCACAGUUCCCAGCCAGUGGGAGCUGCAGAGUCGGUGCUCAGGGUGGAGGCAGCAGCAUGCAGGGACCCCCUCCCCAGGGGCUGCAGGGAGGUGCCAGCCACUUCCAGGAGCGGCACAGAACGAGGGCGGGCAGGAAGCCUGGGGGUCCCUAGGCGCUUUUAAAUCGCCUGGGCCACUGGGCAAUUGGCCCCUUUGCCCCCCACAUUGGCAGGCCUGAGUAGGUGCCUAACUUUAGGGACCCAUCAUAAAAUCUUGGCCUAGAACAACACACUGAAUUCAUUUUUCCCUUUGGACACCCUGGUGGAAUAUGAAUGAAAUGAGCAACUUCAGAGCUGGCCUUCCAGCAAGAAUCUGAAUAAUUCCUGAUGGUGUUCUUCUGUAUUGCACACAGUGGUACUUCUGUACUUUCAAGAGUUGUUGUAAAUAUGAAUGAGCUUGCACAGAAGAAGCAGAACCUGUCUCAGUUUAUUUUGUCAAUAGAACAGAAGAAAACUGAAGAUUGGUUGCUAUAAAAAAAGAAAGAUGAUUUAUACAUUAUAUUUUCAAUCCAUUUUCUAACUUUCCAAAGUUUGGGUUUUUUUAAACUUGAAUAAUAAAUAGAUUUGAAAUCAAUUUAAUUAAAAAUAAGAGACUGUGCUUUUAUAAAAGACCAAAAGGCUAAACACUAGUUGUAUAUGUAGCUACUUUAUUUUAUUUUUUGAAUAAAACCUUUAAAGUAA